GUUAUGUGGUAUGUUGCAGUUAUUCUUUGCUCCUUUUCUCUGCUAAUGUAAAAAAAAUAUAUACACCGUAACUAGGGAGUUAAAUUCCCACUCAACAGGCAUAUUUUUGGUUUCUGUAAGGGAGCUGUGAGUGGAGCUCAGUGCUUUGCAGUGGAGGGCAGCACUCCGCGACAGAAGCAAGCAUCCAAGGGAAACGUGGCUGGCAGCAGACAUCCAUGACGGGAACGAGACCCUGUACCAGCUCUUCCAGUUUCACAGGGACCUCGCGUUUUCCAGCUGUUUACCCUUGAGAUGUAAAAUGGCAAUUUGGCAUAGGCUAGCAGCCUGGUGUGAUGUGAGCAUCUGCGUAAAAGGCUGCACAUAUGGAGCAUGCCCAGUGGUAUGAACAGCCUGUUACCCCACCCCCAGCCAAUCUAGGAAGAGAUGAAAUGAACUUUGCACUUGCAAAUGUCACUGAAUACAUUUUGCACAGGAUUUUAAAAGGUUCUUUUACAAGCACUAUUUUUAACAGCCAAAUCCGCCCCCCCAAAACAGAAAGGAAAAAGCCCUAGGUAUUUUUCUGUGAUCGAUCUCAGUUUAUGAUCAGCUGAAGUAUCUCUCACAAUAUUUCCGAAGCUGGUUUUAUUUUAUGUUUUUAUCACUGAAGUUGAGAUUUUUUUUUUUUUUUGGAGGUGGUGUGGAUUUUUGGGAGUUUUUUUGAAUUUUUUUUUUUUUCUUUUUUUCCUACUGGCAUGAGAAAAUUUGAGAAUUUAAUUGCAGUAGAAUACUUGGAAACAGUGAGGCUGGAAGCUUGAAAGGCAGAGGGAAGAGAAGGAAGGCUCUCACAGCAGAGCAUGGAUAGGAAAGGAGCUGUGAUUCUGCAGUGCUCAGUGUGCACAUGUUUUAUGAGAUCAGUGCCGGGCGCUGCAGCUGCGGACAGUAACUGAGCUGUCUGGCUAAUGAAGGCCACCUGGAUCAGGCUUCUGAAAAGAGCCAAAGGAGGACGUCUGAAGAAUUCUGAUAUCUGUGGUUCGGCGGACUCCUACACCAGCCGUCCAUCUGAUUCAGAUGUAUCUCUGGAAGAAGACAGGGAAGCAGUGCGGAGAGAGGCAGAGCGACAGGCCCAGGCACAGCUGGAAAAAGCCAAGUCAAAACCUGUUGCAUUUGCAGUUCGGACAAAUGUUGGGUACAGUGCAGCUCAUGAAGAUGAUGUUCCAGUCCCAGGCAUGGCCAUCUCAUUUGAGGCUAAAGAUUUUCUUCAUGUUAAAGAAAAAUUUAAUAAUGACUGGUGGAUAGGACGAUUGGUAAAAGAAGGCUGUGAAAUAGGAUUCAUACCAAGCCCAGUCAAACUAGAAAACAUGAGGCUGCAGCAUGAACAAAAGGCAAAACAAGGAAAAUUCUACUCCAGUAAAUCAGGAGGAAACUCUUCAUCCAGUUUGGGUGACAUCGUUCCUAGUUCCAGAAAAUCGACGCCUCCAUCAUCUGCUGUAGACAUAGAUGCCACUGGCUUAGAUGCAGAAGAAAAUGAUAUUCCAGCAAACCAUCGCUCCCCCAAACCCAGUGCAAACAGUGUAACAUCACCCCACUCCAAAGAGAAAAGAAUGCCCUUCUUUAAGAAGACAGAGCACAUCCCUCCCUAUGAUGUAGUGCCUUCUAUGCGACCAGUAGUUUUAGUGGGGCCUUCUCUGAAGGGAUAUGAGGUAACAGAUAUGAUGCAAAAAGCAUUAUUUGAUUUUUUAAAACAUAGAUUCGAAGGGCGUAUAUCAAUUACACGAGUCACAGCAGACAUCUCGCUUGCCAAACGCUCAGUAUUAAACAAUCCCAGUAAGCAUGCGAUAAUAGAGCGAUCUAACACGAGAUCAAGCCUAGCUGAAGUUCAAAGUGAAAUUGAACGGAUUUUUGAAUUAGCCAGGACACUGCAGUUGGUAGUGCUUGAUGCUGAUACCAUUAACCACCCAGCUCAACUGAGCAAAACCUCUCUGGCUCCCAUUAUAGUAUACGUAAAGAUUUCUUCUCCUAAGGUUUUACAGAGGUUGAUAAAAUCUCGAGGGAAAUCUCAGGCCAAACACCUUAAUGUUCAGAUGGUGGCAGCUGAUAAACUGGCACAGUGUCCUCCCGAAAUGUUCGAUGUAAUUCUUGAUGAGAACCAGCUUGAAGAUGCUUGUGAGCACCUUGCUGACUAUCUGGAAGCCUACUGGAAGGCCACACAUCCACCUAGCAGCAAUCCUCCUAACCAGCUUCUCACUCGCACACUUGCAACAGCCACUCUUCCUAUUAGCCCAGGUCCAAAUAUUAAUUUACAGCAGGGAUCUCAAGGAGACCAGAGGAAUGACCAUUCGGUCCCUGAGCGCAGCAGUUCCCACAUUGAAGAGGAAGCACGGGUCGAGCCCACCAAGAAAUCCCAGCACCGCUCUUCCUCCAGCCAGCACCACAACCAUCGCAGUGGUGUCAGAGGCCUUCACAGGCAAGAAACUUUUGACUCAGAAACACAAGACAGCAGAGAUUCAGCUUAUGUAGAGCCAAAGGAGGACUACUCACAUGAGCAUGGUGACCACUAUGAUUCUCACAGGGAUCAUAAUCACAGAGACGAGUCCCAUGGGAUCAGUGAACACAGACACAGAGAAUCCCGGCACCGCUCAAAGGAGAGGGACCGCGAGCAGGACCACAAUGAAUGCAACAAGCAGCGCAGCCGUCAUAAAUCAAGGGACCAAUAUUGUGACAAGGAUGGGGAAGUGAUAUCGAAAAAACGUAACGAUGCAGGAGAGUGGAACAGGGAUGUUUACAUCCGACAGUAACUCUUGCCUCUGGCAGUCUUGUGUUUCUUUGAAGUCUUGUAACAAUGCCCCUUGAAAAUAUCUUGGGUUCUUCUUUGCAGAACAUAUGGUAUCCUUCUUCUGUAUGCUGAUUUGUAUUGCUGUUGCUUGCAUAGCAAUAGCAUGAAAUAGAAUAUUCAUAUACUUAUUUUUUUGGUUAGUGCUAUAUGAAUUAGUGUAGUACAACUGAAGAGUUCCUGAUGUUGUACUAUGACAUUUUUCAAGCUGUUUUUGGUAGCUGCCACUUGAACAAUAUCUGUUGCCAUCAAGGUGUUGUUAGUGUUUUUUAAAAAAAAGGUACAUUUGAUGUUUAAUAACUUCCCAUGUAUUCAGCAAGCCAGGAUCAGCACAUAAAAAAAUCUAAAACUUUUUGUCUGCUCUGAUUUUUAAUUUGUAUGCACUUGAUUUGCAUAUUGAUUUAAGCACCACUCUGUUGCUUGUACCUCUGGUGGUCUCCGUAUGAAGACAGAAUUCAGUCUUGCCUUACACACAGGGGAUCAUGGAGUCAAAAUCUAUUUUCUAUGUACUGGUACUGUGUACUGUAUAUACAGUUUAUAAAUGUUAUUUCUGCAGACACCUUCUUACUAUAUAAGUUUGAUCACACUGUUUUAGAGUCCUAAUGCCAAGUCAGCAGAUUUGCUUUUGAAUUACUGGCAACUGGAACUAGCCUCACUUAGGAAAUCUGUAACAGUGUUCAAUCUAAAUAUUUUUUCUUCUGUAGCAGAAAGCUUAUACUUAUUGUAAAUACGGAUGAGUGCUUGAGAUAAAGGGUGUAACUCUUAUACCAUAUGCUGUCCUUGCAAACCAAAUUUUGCAUUUUAAAGUUACGGUAAAGUUAAUGAACUUACCACUAUAAAUUAUUCUUCUCUGUUCAGGUCAUAAUUUUGCAAUGGGCACAGCUUAAUUUUUGUUCUACUGUCAGUAAACAGAGCACACAUGUUGGAGGUGUGGAUGUGAGUGGGUGGGUGGUAGAUUGGCGUUUGUGUGGGUGUGCACGUUAGGCAGCAAACUGCGAGAAUCUACUGAAGAAAACAAAGGUUACUCAAAAGCCCAACAAGUCUAUUUCUAUGUUCUGUCUCUUAAGUUAAAAACCCAAAUUGCAUUCAGGGCAUAUGAGGGAAUUUACUGACCCAGGUAAUUGGGAAAGCAUAAAUCUGCUGGCUCUUUGUUGAGACUUCAGGAGAGUAAAAUCAGGCAAAUGUUACUGUGAGUUUCACUGGAAAUGUAAAAUCUUCGUGUUUUAGAGUAUUUGUUUUAGUAAGAAAAGUUUACACAGCUUGUGGAGAGUUAUUUUGUUGGAAAAAUAAAUUUUUGUAGCUUCUCCACUUUUUCUACACUUGCCAAUUCUCUGCAUUCCCACUCUGCAGCCAGCUCACUGUUUUUCCUUCACCAAAGCUGUUGUGCUGCUGAUGAGAGCAUAGAAAAAAUGACUGUGACUCUGUUAGGAGCUUUCUAGAGAAAAUGCAUUGAAAUCAAAGGGAGUGAACACAGUUUGUUUUGCACUGAACAUCUGUUGCACUGGUAAGUGGGGGGAAAUUCACUAUUAUUUUUGACUCCAGGUUCCAUACCCUUGCCUAGUGUAAAAGCUGUUCUGCAUCACAUGUAGUCUUUGUAGUACUUGUAUGAAUGAAAUACUUUUUGUAUUUCCCUGUAAAUAGCACAUUAUAUAAAGACUGUAGUGUGAUAAUAAUUAGUUUAGCUGGGAGUUCUUUUUAUUUAUUAUUUCAGUUCUGGGAAUAUCAGCAUUGCCUGAUUUUGAAUAUCAUUUUAGUGAAAUGGAUAAGAUAUAUGGCAGGUGCAUGCUUUCUCAGCAUCCUAGCUCAGCAUCCAAGAAACUCCCUUUAAUAUUCUCUGCCCUUCCUCUCCUUCCCCUCUCCCUGAUGCUUUAUAAGCAUUUUUACACCAACCUAAGAGUGGGAAAUUCUGCUGUCAGUUAUCUGGCCAUUCCUCCCAGUGCUGCUGACUGUUGUGGUUAUUCAAGGGUAGGUUUUGGCUCAAAGCAUGAACUGUGGGGAACACAAGAAAAAAGGUUAUUUUUCUAAAAAUAAAUUCGCAUCAUUUUUCUAAACAUCACUAAAUGGCUUUGUAGAGAAAGGAAGAAUAGGUAAGUAGAUCUGUUGGAUAUAAAAUGGAUAUAGAAGAGUACAUAAACUGGUUUUUGAUACAAGAGAAUUUUCAGGGUAUCUGUAAAAAAUUAUAUUAAAAGACUGUUGUUUGAGUCAUAUCAGAUCACGUGUAAGUGGGAAGAAAGUGAUAUUGUCUUGCUCUGUAUAGCCUGGCUUGAGCUAAUUUACCAGCUGCAGUAAAUGGUGUUGCUCCCUGCAACCCAUGGCAGUUACAUCCUCUAAGAAGUGAUUCCACUUCAAUACCUUGAAUAUUUUGGGUUUGUUUUUUUUGGGGGGGGGCGGUUUGGUUGGGUUUUGUUUUUGUUUUGGCUUUGUUUGUUUGUUUGUUUUUUAUUUUUGCUCCAGAGAGUGUUUAUUUUUCAGCUUUCUUAAAGUAUUUUUUAAGGAAUAUUCGGCAGAAUUUCAAUGCACUGAGUAGUAUAUGAAAACUAUGGCAUAGGUAGUUGUGUAUAGACAAAUAAAUGAGAAAAUAAAUAACAUAGUCCGAGCCCUAGUAUCUAAGUAUGGCCUAUAUAUUGAUUCAUGGAGUAUAAACAUCACAAAAAAAAAAAAAAGACAAAUCCAAAUCCAACUGGUCAUAGAAUUGUGUUUUAUAUAGUGCUGCUAUUUCUGUAUAGACAAAAUACUAACAAACACGUGUAUUUCUUAGGCAGACUCACUGAAUAGUUUUAUUAGCCUUGCUGAGAUACUUUUUUUCAGUUUCCGUUUUAAGAGUGACAAAUCAUUUGUAAUGUGAGCUUGUACUACAUAUAUUGCACAAUACCACCUGCCUGCUGAGCACUACUUUGAAAAGCACUUUAACAGAGUUAUGUCAAUAAGAAGCUUUAAAAAUACUCCAAGUGGAGGACAUAUCAAAGAUUAUUGUGAUGAAAUGUCUUUGCAAGGUUUUGCCAUUAGAAAGUUUAAUAUUAUUGGUUGCAUUAGGAUACUAAUGAGUUCAUCUUUCUGUAUCUGGUUUCAGGGAUUUUGAAUCUGAGAAAUGAUAGAGGUCCCAGUGAGCACCAGAGUCUUAUGGAUGUGUGGUACAACCAACCUGUAAAUUUCCAUUCAAAUUAACUAAAAAGAUAAUAAAACUAGUGAAACUGAAGGAAAAGGAGGAAGAUAACAUAGUUAAGUUAUAUGUAAAUCUGGGCAGCUCAACUCUGUAUUUUUCUAAAGAAUUUCAGUAUACGGAAGGGAUGGGAUGCAUUUCAAAAUCUGCAUGUACAUGUUAGAUGUUAACCUUAUUUUUGUGUGUUUUGUCAAAUCCCUGUUCAUCAGUGCUGAGUAGCCUUAGUCUAUCCUUUACCAGUUGUCUAGUGUCACACAGAUGUUAAGAAAGAAAGAAUGCUCUUCCAGAGGGACUGGACAGAGGUGACAGUAAAAGCCUCCAGACCUGCUGAAGGACAGGACAGUGGGGAGGAAUAAGCAAAAAGGUUUGUGCACAAAGGCAGCAUCAGUACAAGUUAUAAGCUGAAAAAAACCCCUAUUUUUACUAAAUCAAUCUAUAAAUUACUGCCUAGAAUUUAAAGAAUUCCUCUAGAAUACUCAUGCAUUCAUGUUCUGUGUCUGGCAUCAGGAGUUCAGAAUUUGAAGAGAGUUCCAUAGUUUUUGCUUCUCAAGGAAUAAAAUUAAAUACAUGGUUUCUCCUAAGGCUCUGGACCUGUUCAAGAUCAGUUUUAAAGCCACAAAGUUUCGGUGGGGAACCUGUUUUUACAGAAAUCUGUAUACUCCUAGCCUAUGGCCCUUAUUAUAAAUAGAAGAUAAGGAAAUGAAAUUCCACUCAUUGAACCCUGAAUAAAGGGAAAGGCCCACCCUUACUUCUCCCUGCAUACCUGGUUACUCAUCCUAUACACGCAGUUCCUGCCCGGGUCUAAUACUCUGCCCCUUAAUACUUUGCCUUUUACAAAUCUGGUAGCAAUUAUCAUUUUUAAGCUCUGUUGUUUUGUCAAGUCAUGCUCACGUUCUGUGACACCUGGAAAAGGUUUUAAUGGGGUCCAUUAUCGUUCCCUCAGCUGGAAUGGAAUGAGUGGUCUGACUGCUUUUAAUCAAUGUCUGUUCAAAGGAAAAGAGCUGGUGUACACCACCUCCUGUGUUUGUUAGUUACUAAAGCCUCUUCAAAAUUUAUUUUGAUUUGUGGUUACAUUUGACCUCUGAUUGCUUUAAAACUUCAGGCUGAAAGCUGUUUUCCAAAUGUUUUCGACUUUAAUUCUAGUCCAUCCAUAAAAAUCAAGGACAUUGCAAAAAAUUUGAUUACAAAGUCUAAACAGAAAAAUCAUUUUUCAGAGUGUAAUAUAACAUUUCUGGUGUACAUUUACUUAUAUUUAUUACUUUAUUGCAGAUCUUUCACCAAAAUCUUAGUUCUUCUAUCACCUGUAAAGUAUGUGGGUGCCAUUUUUACUGUGAAUGUUUUUAAUCAAAUGUUACUCAAUCAAUUUUAUUGCUUGGCAAUUUGUCUGUAAUUUA